AUGGAAUCGCCGUCCUCGGCAGCAAACUUGAAAUACCAGACGCUGUCCGAAGAUGUUGACUCUUCAGUGGAAUCGUCCUCGGCAGCAAACUGGAAACACUCGGUCCUGUAUUUGUCAUUCCUCUGCUCAGUCAUCUACUUUUUUCAAUCCCAAAUCUCUCACAAUUUGCUAAUCGGCCAUCGGCCUGUCAGAGUAAAAAAAACCAGCCCAGAUCUUCCUCUUCGUUUCCGGUCCGACGGAACCUUCAAAAUCCUGCAGGUGGCUGAUAUGCAUUACGGGAAUGGAAGGUUGACUCGCUGCCGAGAUGUGUUGGACUCCGAGUUUGACCGGUGUUCUGAUCUCAACACCUCCCACUUCCUGAGGAAGAUGAUUGAAGCUGAGAAGCCUCAUUUCAUUGCUUUUACAGGAGAUAAUAUAUUCGGGUCAAGCUCUGUUGAUGCUGCUGAAUCCAUGCUUAGAGCAUUUGGUCCUGCCAUUGAUUCAGGAGUUCCGUGGGCAGCAAUUUUAGGAAACCACGAUCAAGAAUCUACGAUGACACGUGAGGAACUGAUGUCUUUUAUCUCACUUAUGGAUUAUUCAGUUUCGCAAGUUAAUCCAUUAGCUGAGGAUCUCUCUAAAGGAGGAAGCGCGAAAAACAUUGAUGGAUUUGGCAAUUAUGAUCUGAGAGUAUAUGGUGCCCCGGGAUCCUAUUUGGCAAACACAAGCAUCCUCAAUCUUUUCUUUCUUGACAGUGGAGACAGGGAAACUGUUGAAGGAGUUCAAACUUACGGUUGGAUUAAGGAAUCUCAACUCCAUUGGCUUCGUGACGUUUCUCAGGGAUUUCAGGGCCACAUUGGAUAUCUAGAUCGCUCAGCAGAGGCUUUUCCUCCGGACAAACCACCAGCGCUUGUAUUUUUUCAUAUCCCAAUUCCAGAGGUCCGGCAGCUGUGGUACAAAAAGAUAGUUGGCCAGUUUCAGGAGGCUGUGGCAUGUUCAAAAGUGAACUCAGGAGUUUUGCAGACCCUUGUAUCCAUGGGAGAUGUGAAAGCCGUGUUCAUGGGACAUGAUCAUACCAAUGACUUCUGCGGGAAUCUUGAUGGUAUUUGGUUUUGUUAUGGUGGGGGCUUCGGGUACCAUGGUUAUGGAAACGCUAGGUGGCCAAGGAGAGCAAGGGUCAUAUUGGCAGAACUUGGGAAGGGAAAGAAAGGCUGGAUGGGCGUUGAGAGGAUUAAGACAUGGAAGCGUCUAGACGAUGAGAAACUGAGCAAGAUUGAUGAGCAAGUCUUGUGGAAAUAUGAACCAUCAGGAUAGUCCCGAUUCAUAAGGCGCUAGCAGAGGAACUGCCCAUGUGCCCUCACGAGUUUUUCUGUACACUGCUUGGUUAGUCCGACCCUAGAAUCGAGUGAAUGGGGAGUACCACAGUAGACCUUGUGAAUAUAAAUGAAAUUCAUCAUGUUAUUACUUAUAAUCCAAGUGGGGAAUUAUGUACGGUUCUUUAAUUAAAUUUGUGAAAUGAUUUGUUAUUUCAUUGAUUGAUUAACUUAGUUUGACGUUAA